CUGUUCUUCUUAUCUCUCCUCUGUUUCCCAGAUUUUCGCAUCAAUAGAAGAUUCUCGCUCUAUAAAUCCGUGAAACUGUUGGAGUUUUGUUGCAUGUAAGAACAUUAACAGCAAUACUUUUGCCUCACUUUCAACCCUUUCAAUACUGCGUACGUAUCUCUUCAUGCGUCCAUGUUGUAGAGAAUCACAAUCAAAUAGAGUUGCGUUUCCCUAAUGAAUUCGAAAUUCAUAUUAAAACCCUAGUGAUCGCUGUUCUGGAUACUGUUUUGAAGCUUAUCUCAAGAGACGCGAUUUUGUAAGGAUCGAAGGUUGAAGGGUAAUGAAGACUACGGGGGAAUCCGACUGCAUCCUUUUAGUCGAUAGCGAAAACAAGGAGAUCGAUGAAGACAAGGAUUUAGACAGAGAUGGAGAUAAGGAUUUUGAUGGAGGUGAUGACGAUGAUUCCUGGAAUAAAGCCAAUGAUGAUGAGCAGGAUUGUGAUUCCUCUAAUAAUGUCGGGGAUGAACCUCAAUCUUCGGAUCCAUCAUGGCCUCGAAGUUACAGGAAGUCGAUGGAUCUGUUAGGUACUGUAGCAUCUCCGAGUCUGAGCUUUCUGGGGUCUCCUCCAUUAUCAUCAUUAGGUGGUUCAUUCCUUUCAUCGUCACCUAAAAGAAGACAAAAUCCCAAAAUAACCACCAGUUUAGGCAACCCUCUGUUGCCACCUUUGGCAGACAACCAUCAUCCACCACGUCAUCCUUCUGAUCAUUCACUUCAUUCUCAAUGGACAUCUUCUGCUAGAAAGUCGUCACAACUUCAGAAAUCUCAGAUUAAACAGAGUUCAUUCGCCCAAGCUGUGGUUAAUGGUGUAAAUCUACUUUGUGGAGUAGCACUUCUUUCUACCCCAUAUGCAGUGAAAGAAGGUGGAUGGCUUGGUUUAUCUAUAAUGUUUAUCUUUUGUGUUCUUUGUUUCUACACGGGUCUCCUCCUCCGUGACUGCUUAGAUACUCACCCCAGACUUCAGACUUAUCCAGAUAUUGGUGAAGCCGCCUUCGGCAUACCCGGACGCCUACUUGUCUCCAUAGUUUUGUAUGUGGAGUUGUAUGCAUCAUGUGUUGAAUUCAUAAUCUUGGAGAGUGAUAACAUAUCUUCUUUAUUCCCAAAUACAAAUGUAAUCAUUGGAGGACACCAAAUAAAUUCACAUUCUUUCUUUGCAAUUAUGAUCACUCUUGUUGUGCUUCCUACGGUUUGGCUUCGCGACUUGAGUGUUCUCAGUUACAUCUCCGCUGGAGGAGUUUUUGUAAUAAUUAUUUUGGUGUGUUCCUUGUUUUGGAUCGGUUUGGUGGAUAAGAUUGGGUUUCAAAUGGAAACUACAAAAAUGUUAAAUCUAUCGACUUUGCCUGUGUCUAUUGGGAUGUAUGGUUACUGUUAUGCAGGACAUGCUGUUCUUCCUAAUAUUUAUAUGUCCAUGGAAAAGAAAAGUCAAUAUCCUCUAGUCAUUCUAGCCAGCUUUGGGAUAUGUACUUUAAUUUAUGCUGGAGUUGCCAUAAUGGGAUACAUGAUGUUUGGAGAAUCAACAGAAUCACAAUUCACUCUCAACCUCCCUCCAAAUUUACUUGCUUCCAAGAUUGCUAUUUGGGCUACGGUGAUCACUCCAGUAACCAAAUAUGCGUUAGUAAUAUCACCAGUGGCUAAAAGUUUGGAGGAAUUAAUACCAUCAAAGCAUUCAAAGUCACACGUGUACUCAAUCCUCAUAAGAACAGCAUUAGUGAUCUCUACUUUAGUUGUGGCCCUUUCUGUUCCCUUUUUUGGUCUGGUGAUGUCAUUGAUCGGAUCUUUACUCUCAAUGCUGGUGUCAUUGAUAUUUCCUUGUGCUUGCUUUUUGCGCAUCUUAAGGGGUAAUGUGACACAUUUCCAGGUAUCAAUGUGCGUAUUAAUCAUUGCAAUUGGUGUGAUCUCAUUAUCGUUUGGAACCUACACAUCCAUAUCUGAAAUCAUUCAACAAUAUUUGUAGUUUUUAGUACUGUAAACUUUAUUUUGUCAAUCUUAUUGAUGUUCUUUGAGAAGCCAAUUUUUAACGAAUUAUUAAUCAAUGCGCAAGAUUUUCUUUUUACUUUGCAAAUUGACUGAAUUA